CUCAACUAUUUUGAAACUGGCCUCAAAAAUGUGCCCGGAAGUCUGCAGAGGCAGAAUCCAGUGGCGUCAUAUACAUGCAGCAGGCCGUUCAGACUUUUCCGCAACCCCUCACGUACAAAUGCUUUCAGACUCCCGAAUGUUGUCUUUUCCCGUCUAUAGCAGUGUCUCUUCCAAGUGCCCGCCGAUAGUUAGUUUGAAGAUCUACAAAGUCAAACUGGAGGCUGGAGUUCGAGAUGGCGACUGCUGGGAUGCACGCUGACUCCGACAUGAGUCUCUUUCUUGACCGAAAGUUCUCCGAUGCAACGGUCGAAUGCGAGAGGAUGACCUGGCAGGUGCAUCGUGCGAUCCUGUGUAGUCGUUCCAAGUGGUUUGACAAGGCCCUCGAUGGGAACUUCAAAGAAGCGAAGGAUAAAUAUGUUGUAAUCCAGGAGACACCGGUGGCCAAGGUUGAGUGGCUCUUGAAGUUCAUCUACGGUGGAGAUUUGGCUGUGGAAAAAUCAACAGGAUUUGAUUCAAACGUAUUCGUGGCAUUUUGCGAAGCCUACGAGCUUGGUGACUUCUACGAUGUGCCUGCGCUCAGGAAAAGCGUGAUCAAGAAGCUAAAGUCGGCUCUCAACUUACUUAUAAAACCCAUCCAGACGGAAGCACAUCGUUAUAUUCCCCACGUGGCAUUCAAAGUUACAUUUCAGCAUCACUAUCAAGGGGUUUUGGAAGGCGUGAGUCGUGCUUACAAGUACGACGUGCCUACACUGGAACCACUACAACGGGAAUUCGCUGGUUUUGUUCGGCGAACAGGCUAUGCUGUCUUGCAGGACAAAAGGUUCCGUGAUUACGUGGCCAGCAAUCCUGUGUUUGCGAGGGACAUAUUGAUGAUCAUAUCUGCGGAUAUUGCAUUUGGCGCUCAUCCCAUCCCUAUUGAAUUCCCUACUUGCGAUAAGUGCAAGAGGGGCCUGUUCAGUUUGCAACAUGGGGCUUAUCUCUCCAGACUGGAAGGAAAUUUUCAAUGGAAAUCUGCAACAUGCUCUCGGUGUGAGGAUGCACCAAUCUGAAUGCCC